UGAACGAAGUGAUGGCAGUGCCAACAUCACCUGAAGAGUGGAGGGUCAUCGCAGAUGGCUUUCGCACAAAAUGGAACUUCCCUCACACGCUUGGUGCAUUGGAUGGUAAACAUGUUGCAGUUCGGUGUCCACCAAAGUCUGGUUCAACGUACUUCAAUUACAAGAAGUUUUUUUCCAUAGUGUUGCUAGCUCUGGUAGAUGCGGAUUACAAGAUCAUCUGGGCCGACAUUGGAGGUCGUGGGGCAGCAUCAGAUGCCCAGAUCUGGAACGAUUCCGAUUUGAAAGAGGCAACAGAGUCUGGAGAAAUCAACCAUCCCCCGCCAGAUCCUCUCCCAAAUGACACUCAGUCCGUCGAUUGGUUCUAUAUAGGUGAUGAUGCGUUCGGUUUACGCAACUUCAUGCAGAAACCGUUUUCCCAAAGAAGUCUCACCAGAGAAGAACGUAUCUUCAACUACCGGCUGUCGAGGGCUCGCAGGGUGUCAGAAAAUGCGUUUGGGAUCCUUGCAAACAGAUUUCAGGUUAUGCUGACCACAAUGCAGCAUGACCCUGCGACUGUGCGUCUGAUCACUACUACUUGUAUCGUGCUUCACAACCUCAUGAGGACAAGAUACCCGACAAUGCAAAACCAGCUUGUUGACCGAGAGGAUGCCAACCACCAGCUCAUCCCCGGAGCAUGGAGACAGGACCGCCAUAUGGAAGACUGUGUCACUGUCCAGGGGCCAAACACAGGCAACAAGGAGGGCAAGCGGCUGCGCAAUCUCAUCAAACACUGGGUAAACUCUGAUGCAGGAGAAGUGUCAUGGCAGGACAACAUGAUUUAAAGGACAUAUUUCCCAUUAUAUUGCUAA